AUGGAUAAAGUUCAAUCGAUUAUAUUAUUAAUGAAUGAACUUAUUUAUCUUAAAAUUGAAGGAUAUACAAAUAUAAUUGAAAAUAUUUUUCGAAAUAAUCAAUUAGAAGAAUUUUUUCAAACAAAUUUUACUUAUUUAAAAACAUUUAUAUUUUUUAUUCGUUUUUCAUCAAAUGAAUUUUUAAGAAAUAAUUUAAUUAUUGAUUCAUUAAUAGAACAAUUUCAAAGAUCUUAUUGGAUAUCAAAUUUAAAUUGUUUUAUUAAUUGUGAUUUAAUUAGAAAUUCAAAUCAAAUUCAUUUAUAUUCAAUACCUUCAAUAUAUAAUUAUUUUAAUCAAAGAUUUCAUUUUGUUUAUCAAUUAGAAUUAAAUCUCAAAGAUUUAGAAAUCGUAUCAAUGCAAAUAAAGAAUGAUGAAGAAGAUAAUCGAUUAUUUCCGAAUUUAAAUUAUUUAAAAUUAACAGUGAAUGGUCAAUGUUCAUUGAAUUGUUUUAAAUUACUUUCAAAAUUAGUUUAUUUGAAAAAUUUAGAAAAACUCGUAUUAAUAAUAUGUUUUCGUGGUAAUUAUCUUAAUGUAAUGUUAAAAAAUUUUUUAAUUUUCUUAAAAAAUUUAUCAUAUGUUAAUUCAAUUGAAAUAUUUAAUCGAUGGCAUAGAAUUUUUUCAUUGAUUGAUAUUAAUUAUUUUUGUUCAAUGAUUUCGUCUAAUAUAAAACAUCUUGAUAUUGAUAUAUUCGAUAUAGAUCAUAUUGAAAUUCUUAUUGAUAAACUUGAAAAUGUAUCAAGUUUUAAAUUUAAAUUUGCAUUUGAUAAAUCACUUUAUAUAAAACAAGUUCUUCAAUUAUUAAUAAAUAAAAUAUCUGAUUCAACAUAUAUAUCAGAUAUUCAUUAUUUAUCUAUUUGGAUAUCAAGACAAUUUAAUCGAACUAUGUCAAAUAAACGUAUCAAAUUAACAAAUUAA